AUUUUUUAAUAAUUUAAUAAUAUUAUAAAAACAAUAAAAAUUUACAAAAUUCUAAUUUGUGCAAACAUUAGAAAGAGUAAUGAGAUUAAAAUCAAUGCAAAGUGAAAUAUUAUUUAUAAAAUGAAUUCUAAAUCGCGGAUAAUUAUACCAAAUGAAAUACCUACAAAUUUGAAGCACCUGCAUGGAUUAAAAAAUAUUUUAUUGAGCACAACAAAACCCACUAAAUAUAUAGUGACAUUGAAACCUAAAGGAAAGAAUUUAAAAACUCAAAAUUUAGAAACACAAAAAGUCUUUAUUAAUGCCGAUCAUCAUCGUAAGAGAAAGUCUCUAUUGGAUACAAAUUUUGUUCUAAGAACACCGGCAUUGGAAAAAAUAGACGAACAAUCCGAGAAAAGCACAUCAUCUAUAGAAACUGAAAAUUGUGAAUUAAAGUCCAUACAACCUAUAACGAACAUUUAUCGCCUAGAAGGAGGCUGGAGUUUGGUUAACCGAGGAAGUAAUAAGAAAAAGCCAAAUAGUGUAAAUGAAUUCAAUUCUACAAAUGAUAAUGGGCGAUUAACAGAUGAAGCUGAAAAUAAUCCUAUAGAUAGGGAAGACACAUGGGAAAACAGGGAAGAAGAUUUAGGUCAGAUAGAGUCUCCUAAUACAACUACAAAAACUAAAAAUGAAAAUAUCAAAGGGUCAGAAAAAGAAAGUAAAACUUACACAGAUAAUAACACUGAUGAAACUACAGAAGCAAGUGUGCACAAUGAAGUAGAAGAAAUUAUAAAUAAGGAAGAUAUUAAUGAAAAUCUUGAAAUAAAUCAGCCAACUGCUUUCGCAGCAGAAACGACUUUGGCUAAAAAUAAUGCAACGAAGCACAAUUUGGAAGCUGAACUAAAUCUUGGAAUAAAUCAACGAAUUACUUUUGAAGGAGUAACGACUUUGGCUACAAAUAAUCCAACAAAUCGCAAUUUGGAAUCUGAACUAAAGAGUACAUCUGCUAAAGAAUUGAUAACAGCAUCCUUUAUUACAAAUGUACUUGACGAAGUGAUACCAAUUUCAGAAAAAACAAUCUUGUUAUCUUCCUCUAAAAAAUGUCAAGUAAAAGAUUUGAUUCCAAUUUGUGGAAAUGUUAAUAAAAAACACAGUCAGUGCGAUUUGCUUGAUAUAAAUUCAACCGAUGCUGAACUAGCAUCCGAAUUAUUUUGCAUAUUACCUGACGACAAAGAAACUUGUAAACGGAUUGAGGAAUUAGAAAAACAAAUAGAGCAUUUGCGUCAUGAUCUUAAAGAUCUUCAGAAUGAACUAAUACCAUUAGAUGAUCUAGCUAAAUUUAAUGUUCUUUCCAGACAGUUUAAUGAAGUUAGUGCUCUCUUAACAGAUUUAAAAUUAAAUUGUUUAAAAUUGCAAAAUAUUGAAUUGGAAAGUAUACAUCAGGAGAUGGCACAAUGUUCUCAACAAAAUAAUCAACAAGAAAUGGAUCUGUCAUUCUAUGACUGUGCGGACGAAUAUUUUUAUCCAUCUAAGAAUUUGGAACAAAAUUGUAAUUGUGUUGUAUAUCAGAAAUCGUAUUAUUUACCCACUGAAACUGAACAAACUGAACAUGAUCCAUAUUAUGGAAGACCCAAUUAUCAGAGUUUAGAAGGUUUUGAAUAUUCUCAAACUAAUGUUUGCUUUUGCCAACGCUGUCAAUUAUAUAGAAAUGCCUACACCGAUCAAAUAUAUUCUUCUGCAACACAAGGAUCAAAACGACACAAUCAUAACAAGAGAUCUUCAAGAUUUGAAAGUGAGAAAUAUGAUUGUACUGAUUGUAGCACGUCUUCAGAUAAUUCUAUACAAAGUACAAGUCCAAAACCUAAAAAACGAUUUGUUAACGAAUCAAUACAACUGAGUUCGAUUCCAUUAUUUAAACAACAUAAACAAAGCAAUAAUAAGCAAAUAUCUGAACGCGGAGAUAAUCAAUCUAUAAGAAAAUCGUAUAGCCCUAAAACUAGCUAUUCAGCUGGUAAAGAAGUAUUAUCCAAUCUAUUAUCUAAUGCUAAAGAAAGUUCUCAAAUCAAUAAUAUUUCAGUUUCAAGUUUGGAAUGGCCUAUAAUAACAGGAAACUUAUGCAAAGCAAUUUGGAGAAUUAUUGGCAAUAUAAAAAGUAAAAAUAUUGCUUUAGCUGUAUUUUUGGAAUCAAAUAAUUUGUACUACAUUAAUGUCUCUAUUACACAGACGGGUCAGUGUUUAGGUUGUCUUUACACCAAUGAAACGGCAUUUCAAGCGGCGAAGAAGAAAAAAUUCUUUGAUAAUUUUUUGACAUUUUUUGUUUUGAAUUCUGUGAAUACUAUGGAACAAAGAGAUACAAUUUUGGGUCAUUCUUUUGAAUUUAUAAAUACAUGUGAUUAUAGUGAUAGAGAAAACUAUAAUUCAAUGCAAGAUGUUAGAGAAGAUGAAGCUAUCAAACUAAAACCUGCUACCAAUUUUAAUACCACUCAAUCUACAUCGAAUUACAAAAUUCCAGAACAAAAUGAAACCUAUGCCCGUAUUCAGAGAGUAAGAGUAAAAAAUUUAGAACAACAAGUUUAUUUGAUGCAUAGGGAGUUGCAAAGAAUUCGGGAAAGAAUGUUGCCACAAAAAGAUCUAAUCAGAUUAAAUAAUAUUUUGGAUAGACUUAAAGAACUUAAUUUGGUUUUAACAGAUCUGAAAAAUCACUUUAACAAAGUGCAACAAACUACUUUAAAUCAAAAAGAAGAAAAAAUUGCGUAUAGAAAUGGUACUUCGUCGAAUAGAAUGUAUUCAGCACAACAAAGAAGUUUAGAACAUACAAUUAAUAAUACACAACAUGUUGAGCAAAGUGAAAAUCUAGUGGGUGCAAAUGAAGUGGAACAUGCCAGUGAUGCUAAGUAUGUAAAAUAUUACCCAAGGCAAAAUGCCGGAUACGAUCAGGAAGACUUUUCGAAAACAACUAUGAAGCAAGAAAAUAAUUCUAAGCAAAACAAAAUAAAUGAAGGUUCCAUACGUGAACACAAUUACGAAUUGAAUGAACCUUUUAAAACUUGCAAACAACUUAUGGAUGAAAUAAAACCACCGGGCAGCAUUUUGGGAAAUUAUUUAAUGAGAUUACAAGAUUUUCGAACUGAUCCGGAAUUGAGACGUAAAAGAUGGGAGAAAAAACAACAAGAAAAAUUGCAACAACUAGAAAAUCGAAAGAAAUUUAGAGAAUCUUUUGAGAAUAAAGGAACUUCAACAGAGGGAAUUGAGCAGAACAACGCUAAUUAUUCUAACUCUACCCUACAAAACUCAUCUGAACAGCAAAGGGAUGUUAUAAAAAGCAGAAUAGAAAUCUCCUUUAACAGACCAACUAGUGAAACUGAUUCGGGUUUAGCUUCAGAUUUGCCGCUUAUCAGACAUGAUCUUUCGGAUGUAGUGUACGAGAUCAUAAACGAUAUUGAUCGAGAUUCUAUAGCUUUAACUAUUGUCCUUGAGAACGACAAUGUUUAUCAUAUUAGUGUUUCGUUAAUUACCAGUGGCCAUUCAUUGUCCUGUUUUCUUGCCACCGAAGAAGCCAUACAAGAGGCUAAAGAACAACAUUUAUUUCGAGAGAUAUUAACAUUUUUUGUAGUCAAUGCUGAAAAUUCCGAUACACAAAAGGAUCGUAUUUUGGGACAUUCAUUUGAGUUUAUUAAAUUCGAUGUUAAUCAAUAAUUGUUUGCUUUUACAAUUGUGAAAUACAUAUUUCUUUUAUAAGAAAUGUACAUAAAAUAAGGCCUUUUAUCUGUUUUCUGUUGUUAUACUGUUUGCAUAUUUUAUAUUUGAAACCAUAAAAUCAAUU